AUGCGGCUAAACGCGAUGCGCUCAGUUGACAGCAGUCAGCAGCUGUGGCGUUUUAUAGGGCGGUCGGCGCGUGCGCGGAGCGGGGCAAAGCGGGGCGGUUCACGUCGACGACCGGCGAACAUACCGCACUCUCGUCUCGGCCGUCUGGCCGACUGCGCCGUGUUGCACGCAACUGUCUCUCCAUCCCCACGCAUCUCUCGCGAACUCACGAGCCAUUUUGCCAUAGUGAGGAUCAAAGAUUCGCCCAAAAGCAAUGCUGAAGGAGGUGGUAAAAAAGAAAGCAAGAAAAAAAGCGGGAAACAGAAGAAGGAUGACAACUCGGUGACGAACAAUAAGGUUGAUAAAAGUGAAAGGUGUGCUGUGAAAACGGAAAAAGACAAUCAGAAGCGAUCUACCGCCAAAAAUGAAUCUAAUGCUGAGGCGAGUCCAGAAAAUAGUCGAAAUGCCUCUCCGCGAUAUCACGAUGCAUCAAUGGACGAUGCGUCGGAUGCCGGCUCUCUGUUCCGGGUGACAAGUGGAGCGGGUGGAGGUGGUGGCAAGAGCGAACUGGUAGCGCGUGGCGGCAGUGGCGGUGCUCUAGCCUUGUCCCGCGCGCCCGUCGGUGGCAGCGCUAGCCCUGCGCCAGCGCCGUUACCCCAGCCCGCCCCUAGUCCUGCACCUGCAGCACUUCCCCCACCCGCUUUGCCGCCACCACCCUUCCGAGCAGAUACCCCACACAGACCGAACGGUGCUCAUAUCCCAGCUAUAGACGGACAGGCGGCCACACAAAUACCGGCGCGGCCCGUUGGCGCCGCAGGACCGGACACCCCAGAGCGACCAGCUAGUAACAACAAAUUGCAGCCGGGUGCACGAGCUGCCGCCGACAGCCCUACUCCCGCCCCACCUGCCCCACCCGCACCUUCACCCCUCUUUCCCUCGCACACAGCGUACCAGGCGCACGCUGCUGCUCUACCAGACUUUCGUCUCACUAAUCAUGAAACGCGGACAGAACCACCCGCAGCCGAACAAGCCCAUGCCCCUCUCGACCUCCACGCGCAUCAUUCCUCCCCGAGGCCGCCACAAGUCGCGCCAACCGCUAACCAGCCGGUGCAUCCUAGUCUCCCAAACAGAGCGCCGCAUCCGCAGCCCCACACCGUUGUCCCCGGUCACGAAGUACGAAGCAUCCCGGCAGCUCAGCCCCAUCCGCCCGUUCCUACCUCGUAUCCUAGCCGCGUAGCGCCAAAUGUGCCACAAAAUAACGUGCCACAGAUGCCCAUGCCGACUACGACGGGCUCAAACUGUCUUCCGAGUCAAGUUCAGGCUCCAGCUCCACGCUCGGCCUCGCCUGCGGCGUCUUCCCGACCAUAUCCUACCCCGAUUAUCGGCUCUAGUCACGGGAACUCGAGUAUAAGUUCUAAUAUUCACCACGCGAUACCAGGUUACCCGAGUCAGGCGAAUUUACAGAAACAUUCCGUACCUUACGCGGGCAGACCUUCGCACCUAGCGCCGUUCAGCGUCGCUAACCAUAUAUCUUCCAGUCAUUUGCCGUCUACCAAGGCUCCGACGCCUACGCAUUUAAGUCAUCCUAUAAACAGCCAUUCCAUUUUGAACCACACGAGUCAUAUACCAAUGACCGCGCAUCCGCUGGCGUCGACGCCGAGUCACGUCGGCCAGCCUCUCUUUUCCACUGCGACUGCUACAAGUACCAUUUCUAGUUUAACGCCGAGUAUGAAACCACAGAGCCUGCUUCCUCCUCCCAUGACCCCUUCACAUCCCACCCACAUGGAUACGUCUCCGGUGACCUCUGCGCCGGCCAUCAUUACGUCUAGCAGCAGUAAUCAUCUGCCACCGCCAGUGGUGGAUACAAGAUCAACAGUAGCUGAAAUGCAGUCUAGGUCUGAUAGCGUGGCGGUAGUGAGCUCUUCUCUGGCACCGAAUGGUUAUCCCACCACGGGAGUUUACUCUAACGCCUACCCGACCCUAUACGCGCCAUAUGCACCCACCCUACAGCACAGUCCCUACCUACCGCCGUCAGCUGCCUCACCUAGAAAUACUGCUGACACGAGGACAAGUCUAGCGGCUUCACCACUAGUUGCUCCCAAGACACCCAAAGGCGUCCGGCCGCACACACCUGGUUCACUUGGUGGAGCUGGUGUCCAUGCACCUUUAUCCUAUUCACCUCGCACGCAAAGUCCCAGCAGAGAGAGAGAAAGCUUUAGCAACAUCAGCAGCCUGUCUCGCAGUACGCCAGCGUCAGCCGUCAGCGCGCCGUCGUCCGCUCCAUCGUUGGUUCCCACGAUGCCAGCCCCAUUAGCAGCACCCCUUGCUGGCCCUCUAGCAGCGUCGCUGCCCGCCCCGCUAGCCGCGCCGCUACCAGCACCACUCGCCGCUCCAUUACCUGGUCCCGUACCGUCUCUAAGUGGACCUGUGGGCUUGGCACCCCAGGUUGGUGGUUUGAGCGCGUUGACAGGACUGGCAAACCUAGCGGCGCCUACACCAACAGCGCCGCAACCCGCACCACACAUUUCACAUUCUUUGGCGCCUGUGCCAACCGUUCCGAGUAUCAGCUCGAGCGCAAAACCGCCGGCCCACUGGGGGGUAACCAGGCCGGCCCCAACGGAGCGCAGUGCUGCGUUCGCUCCCGCCCCACCACUCUUUGGUGCUCCGCUUGCGCCUAACCCUAACCCGUUUUCUGCAGAAUCCCUCUUCCAGUCGAGUCCUGGCGCAGAUUUACUGCGGCGCGAGCUGGACAACCGGUUCCUAGCUGCUGCAGGUGCAGUCGGCGUGCGAACGGAACUGCACCACCAUCAGCACCAGCACACCCACGUACAUCAGCACCCACCUCAUGCACCGCCCCAUCCUCACCAGCUACUCGUGCCACAUGCGCCCCUUUUCAAAGACGUCGGCAAGAUGUCGCCACUUUACCGAUCCGGAUUGGGGUUGUAUCCGUACUCAUCCAGUUUGCUCCACCCCGCAGCACCAUACGUUCCGCCGGCACCACUGACUACAUACGCACCUAAGCCUGUAGUGUCAUCAAGCGACUCGACCCCUAAACUGCCGCCACGCCCCGCCAUAGCGAAAACUGGCAAAUGGAACGCGAUGCACGUUCGUAUCGCGUGGGAGAUUUAUAACCACCAGCAGAAGGAGAAGAGCGGUGGUGGUGGUGUUCCCGCCAUGGACAAAGACAAGUUAAGGAGCUUUCCCGCUCCAGCUCCUCCACCACCGACAUACCGAUCGCCCUACGAUCUACCGCCACCUUAUCUACAUCACGCUCCACUAGGAAUCGUUCGUCACCCAUCACGUGCGCCUUAUGGCAGUGCGCCACUUGGUGCUCCGGAACGCGAACUUGGUGUACCCGGGGUUUCUCCCUUCACCCGGUACGGAGGCACGUACCCAGGCGCCCCUCCUUAUGGUCUAUCAUAUGGACGGGAACUGGGUCUCGCUGGCCCUCUGCAUGGAGUACACCAUCCCCUCGGAAUGCAUGACGCUUGGCGGGCCGUCCGACCGCCUGUCUCCACUGCGGCUGAGGUGCGCCGAGAACACGAGGAACGCGAGAGAGCGAGACGGGAAAGGGAAGAGCGAGAGCGCCGAGAUCGAGAGGAACGCGAGCGGCGUAAAGCGCGUGAGCAGAGGGAACGGGACCUCGAGCGAGCGAGAACGCGAUCACCCCUGCGCAACGGAGUGACAGAGCAACCCAAAGACGAGCGGAAGGAACCGCCGCGUCCGCCAACACUACCGUACCCUCCACCACACUGGGAUCCCUACAGAGCAGCAUUCGAUCCCCUACAACAUAUGCGCUUCGCCCCACUAGUGGAGGCGGCGAUAAGGGCGGAGGAGGAUCGAGCGAAAAUGCUGAGUGCCUACGCUCACCAUCAACAGCUAAAGUCCAGUCCGCUAUUGCACCAUAGAGGGCCCGUGGGUGCGCCGCUUCCGCCUAUGGGUGCGCACAUGGCUCCGCUGGCGCCUCUCGCGCCGCCUAUGGCCCCGCUCGCCCCCCUCGACCUGCUCAAAAAGGAGGAGCCGCGAUGA